AUGUCUUCUACAGGAUCCGAUGCGGCGUCGGCGUCGGCGUCAGAAACAGGAACAGCUGCCUCGGGCACAGACACAGCAUCAAUAACCGGUUCCCUACUGAGCUCGUUGCUCUCAACGAUCUCUGCCACCGAGACCCCGACCUCUUCCUCUUUCUCUGGACCCACGAGGACGACUUCGGGCCCCAUUUUUUCUGCUACACAGAGCAGUGCCGCAGAUAAAGAUAAAGGAAUUGGAAUAGUCAGUUUCUUGACUGCCGUAGGCGUAGCUGUUGCCAUCUUCGCCGUGCAGAUCCUCCUUUUCCUCCUUUUAAGGAACAAGCUAGCCCGUAUCUUCAAGCCGAAAACCUACCUCGUUCCCGAACGAGAACGGACCGAAUCGCCCCCGAAUAAACCACUUGCUAUGUUGAAGACCCUAUGGCACUAUGGAGAUCGCGAAGUUAUCGAAAAAUGUGGUCUCGAUGCCUACUUCUUCCUCCGGUACCUCAAGACUCUUCUCAUCAUCUUCCUACCUAUUGGAGCUGUUGUCAUGCCUAUUCUGAUCCCCUUGAACUAUGUUGGCGGUCUUGGCCAAAAGAUCGACGUAACAGACGACGACGACGACAAUCAGGUUGAUGGAUUACCAACAGGUCUUGAUACACUUUCGUGGGGCAAUGUGGCCCCUAAGAAUUCGGGUCGAUAUGGGGCCCAUCUUCUAAUGGCCAUCCUAGUAGUUAUCUGGGUCUGCACGGUAUUCUUCUUCGAGCUUCGAGUAUACAUCAAGGUUCGACAGGAUUGGCUUACAAGCGCCGAACAUCGUCUGAGAGCUUCGGCUACUACUGUCCUUGUCAAUUCGAUUCCUUCGAAAUGGCUCAGUGAAGAAGCCCUGAUGGGCCUCUUCGAUGUCUUCCCUGGAGGCAUCAGGAAUAUCUGGCUGAAUCGGGACUUAUCAACACUGUUGGACAAGGUCAAGGAACGAAACAACAUCCACCUCCAACUCGAACAAGCACAGACGGAUCUCAUCAAAGACGCGAAGAAGGCACAACUCAAGCAACAAAAGGCCGAAGAAAAGAAACGAAGAAGAGAGUUCAAGCUUAAAGCGAUGACUAAGCAGGAGAGGGCUGAUAAGAACGCCCGCGAAGACGCAGAAGCUCAGCGACGAGCACAAGACGGUUCAGGUACUGCUGCUGGUGAUCAACACAACGUUCCUCACAGCGUAGAUGCCGGAGUCCGUGAGUCACAGCACGAGGCCUUUAACCGUGACUCAGAGGACUUUCAUGGACAUGAUCACAACAGGAAGAAGGGGUUUAAAGUACCCCUCCUCGGCGACCCGCUCGCCAAGGUUGGGCAAGGCAUCCUGGGUGUUGUUUCAAAAGCUGGUAACAACAUGGACGAAACGAUAGAGACAACAAACGGAUUCAUCGGACUGUCACAAACUACGCACUCUCGGAAUGCAUCUAGGACAACGAACCGAGGUCACGAACGACCUUCGGUGGAUGACGAGGAGGAGCUCAAUUCUCCAUCAGAUACCCUCCGUGUACAGAACCAGUCGCAAAAUAGUAUGCGACGUUCUGGUGAAAGCACGGCUGCAAUGAACCCCAAGUCGAAUCGGGAGCCCCUUGGCGCCGUUGGUAACACGGUCCGAAAGAUUGAUGAUAUAGACGAGAUCUACAGCAAGGAGGAGGCCCAAUGGUGGCAGUUCUGGAAGCCACCCCCCGGUGCUUACGCCUCACCAGUCCCCCAGGGAGACGUCGCAGAGGCGUUCAGGCAGAAGAAGACAAACGAAAGCAAGCCUCUUUGGAAGAGAAUCAAAUAUGCUCUACCUUUCGUAAGCCCAGAAAUCGAGGCCGAGCCUUUGGAUUAUCCUACACCCCACAACACCGAGUACGACGAAGCUGCGGAACCUGCAGAGUGGGAGAAAUAUCUUAAAAAGAAAGAUCGCCCAACUCAUCGUCUUCCCCUUUUUGGAAAGUCAUGGCUGUUCCCGAUACCAUUUGUGACGCAGAAGGUCGACACAAUUUAUUGGUGUCGGGAGCAGCUGGCUCGUCUCAACGUGGAGAUUGAAAUGGAUCAGCAACAUCCAGAGCGAUUCCCUCUCAUGAACUCGGCCUUUAUCCAAUUCAACCAUCAAGUCUCGGCUCAUAUGGCUUGCCAGAGUGUUAUCCAUCACGUACCCAGGCAGAUGGCCCCGCGAAUGAACGAAAUUUCACCCAAAGAUGUCGAUUGGGACAACAUGGCGUUCAGCUGGUGGCAAGAGUGGCUGCGAUCGGGAAUCGUCUUUGCCAUUGUUGUUGGCAUGAUUUUCCUCUGGGCCAUUCCUGUGGCCUGGACAGCUGCGCUGAGUCAACUCGACAAUCUUAUUAGAUCAAACACGUGGCUGUCUUUCCUACAGGAUAACGAGGCAGUCCAUAAUAUCGCCAAGGCUGUUGCCGGUGUUUUGCCAGCAGUCGUCCUCGGUUUGCUGCUGGUCCUCAUCCCAAUCUUUCUGGAUUUUCUUGCUGGCUUUAGAGGAGCCAAGACAGGUGCCCAGAGAGUUGAGUUUGUGCAAAUUUUCUACUUUGCCUUCUUGUUCAUUCAAGUCUUUCUCAUUGUCUCUAUUGCUUCAUUCUUUGCGGCAUCGCUCGACCAACUCGUCCACAAUGUCCAAGAGCUAAAGACUGUUCAGGACGUGCUUAAUCUGCUGGCAUACAAUUUGCCGAGUGCGGCCAACUACUUCUUCUCAUACAUGAUUCUGCAAGCCAUGUCGACAAGCUCUGCUACCUUGCUUCAGCUUGGAGCUCUAGUAAUGUGGUACAUUAUUGCUAGAAUUCUUGACAGCACUGCACGGAGCAAAUGGUCGCGAAAUACCAGCCUCCGCCAAGUCAAAUGGGGUGCCUUCUUCCCUAUCUACACCAACUUUGCCUGUAUUGGACUUGUCUACUGUGUCAUUGCACCCCUGAUUGCCAUGUUUGCAAUCAUCACUUUUGCACUCUUGUGGUUUGCUCAGCGCUAUGCCAUGCUCUACGUCACCCGGUUCGAGCACGAUACCGGAGGUGUGCUAUAUCCUCGAGCUAUCAACCAAACCUUUACCGGUAUUUACUUCAUGGAAUUGUGCAUGGCUGGUCUGUUCUUUCUUGUUCGGGACGAAAACGACAAGAAAGUCUGCACCCCUCACGGCGUUGUCAUGAUUGUUGUUCUUAUCCUCACUAUCUUGUAUCAGAUUCUCCUCAACUACUCCUUCGGACCGCUUUUCCGCUACCUGCCUAUCACAUUUGAAGACGAAGCAGUCCUUCGUGAUCAAGCUUUCCAACGAGCUCAAGACCAACGGCUUGGCCUUUUGGAUGAUGACGAGUUAAUGGAAGAGCCCGAGAAUCCCAAGGCAUUUGAGAAGGGUGGUCAAACCGAGAAAGGCCAAGGCAUCGAGAUGCGCAGGCUGGGCUCUGUUCGCCGGCCCAUGAAGCAGGUCGGCACAUGGGCCAAGGACGGGGGUAACCAAAUCGCAAGGUUCACAGGUGUAAAGCAGGCACGUGACAAGAAUAAAAGGGCCUCGGAAUACCGGAAGAAGCAUCGAAUGAAGGAUGUAGAGGCACAGCUUGCGAUCGGCGAGGCCCUAUUUGGAGGGAUCCAUGACGAAAUCGAGGAUCUAACGCCCGACGAAAGAGAUGCCCUCGUCAGGCAUGCCUUCCAGCACGAGGCUCUUCGAGCCCGACGCCCGACGGUUUGGAUCCCUAACGACGACUUGGGCGUCAGCGAAGACGAAAUUCGCCGUACUCAGGCCUAUAGCGGACACAUCUGGAUUAGUAAUGAGGGCACUGCUCUCGACAGCAAAGUUCGCGUCGUUUACGGUCGGGCACCACCUGACUUUUCAGAAAUCGAUCUGAUAAAUCUAUGA